CAACAACAAGGAGAAGACCACCAUAAAAAAAGGAUGCUGUACUCAGAUAAAGGACCUUUCGGAUAAAUUAUUGUUUCGGUUAAAAUGUGGAAUUACAGAUUUUUGUUAUAUAGCAAAUAAUAUAAGUUCCACAGGAGUCUAUCUUUUGAACUGAAGGAGGUGUUUUGUUAGUGGUUUGCGCAGUCAGCGCAGUCAGGGGUUGUGGGUGCGUCUCCUCAACUCUGGAAACAGCGCACAAUCUGUGUCAUCAACUGUAUAUGUUUACAAAAACGACGCCGAUCAACCUUAAAAUGGAGAAUUGUUUUAUGUUUGUAUUACUUUUCUGCGGUGUGUUUGGUGAUCCAGAUGAAGUGAAGAUCGUGUUGGAGGGAGAUUCUGUGACUCUACACACUAAUGUUACUGACAUACAGAUAAAUGAUGAGAUACGGUGGAGGUUUGGUCCUGAUGGCUCUUCCAGUCUUCUAGUUCACAUUGAUCAGAAUGUUCCCACAUAUAAAGAUUCGGCUGAUGGAACAUUUACUGACAGACUGCAGAUAUCAAACAUUAAGACUGGAGAUCUCACCAUCAAGAACAUGAGAAUCAAACACUCUGGACUUUAUAAAGCACAGAUAGUAAGACCUACUGGAGUUACAAACAUGAAGUUCAGCAUUGAGGUCUAUGGUGUCCCACAUCUGACUGAUCCUAGUGCAGGUGAAUCCAAGACUGUGUUGAAGACUGAUGGAGAAUCUGUGACUCUAGACACUGGUGUUCAAACACAGACCGAUGAUCUGAUACUGUGGAGGUUUGGAGAUGUUGGUGUUCUCUUGGCUAAAGCUGAUAAAGAAGACAACAAGACCUCAAUAAAUGAUGCUGAUGAUGGGAGAUUCAGAGGCAGACUGAAGCUGGAUGAUCUGACCGGAUCUCUCAUCAUCAGUGAUGUCCGAAUAUCAGAUUCAGGAGAGUAUAAACUGAAGAUCAGCAGUAACUUUAAAAAGACAUUAUACAAGAGAUUCAUUGUUUCUGUCAGUGAACGAAGACUAUCUCCAGGUGAAAAGGUAACGAUAGCUAUUUUUGUCCUGCUAGCUGCUGCUGCUGUUAUUGGUUUGAUUGUAAAUCGCCGCAAUAAUUAUGAACAACAAAAACGAAACGUUCAAGAGAUGACGGUACUUAGAGGACAUUCUGUCAAUCUAAAGACUGAUGUCAAUAAACCUCAGUUUGAUGAUGUCAUCCAGUGGAGUUUUAGAAAUGAUUUGAUAGCCUCAUUCAAUAAGAGCAACAGUGAUGAAGAGAGACUCAUAGACAGACUGCAGGUGGAUGAUCAGACUGGAUCUCUCACCAUCACAAACAUCAGAACAGAUGACGCUGGACUGUAUAAAUUAAAGAUCAGCAGCAGCAGUCGAGUGAAAUCAUUCCUUCAGUUCAUCACCGGUGGAGGACCAUCAUACUAUCAGUUCAAUGUUAUUGUCAAAGAUACAGUGGGGAAAUUGGAAAAUAAUACUGUCUCUCUGUACACUGGUGUUACUGAACUAAAGUCAGAUGAUGUGAUCCAGUGGAGGUUUGGAGAAACUCUCAUAGCUGAAAUCAAUAGAAAGAACAACAAGUUCACUACAGAUGAUGAGAUAUUCAGAGACAGACUGAAGCUGAAUGAUAAGACUGGAGAUCUCACCAUCAGAGAUCUCAACACUGAACACACUGGACACUAUAAACUGAAGAUCAUCAACAGUAAAGGAACAUCAUGCUGUCAGACUGAAGUUAAUGUCAUGGAGGGACUCAGAUCAGUAAAGUCGGGAGAUUCUGUUUCUCUAGUCCUUGAUGUUGCUGGUAUACAGAAUGAUGAUGUGAUUCAGUGGAGAUUAGGAGAUGAAGAAACUCCCAUAGCUGAAAUCACUGAACUGAAUAAACUCUCAUAUGAUGAGAGAUUCAAAGAGAGACUGAAGCUGAACCCUCAGACUGGAGAUCUCACCAUCACAAACAUCUCAGCUGAACUCUCUGGAGUUUAUAAAGCAAAGAUCAUCAGCAGCAGUAGAGGAACAGAAUACAGAACAUUCAGGGUUGCCAUCUCUGUGAUCGCUUAUGAGGAUAAAUCUCUCACUAUACACACUGACAGUAAAAUACAGAGCGGCAGUGAGAUCAAGUGGAUCUAUGAUAAGAAAACAUGUCUGGUAACUGGUAAGAGUGGUGAUGACAGUGAGACCAAAUUUACAGAUGAUUGGACAUUCAAGGACAGACUGAAGAUGAAUCAUGAGACUGGAGAUCUCACCAUCACAGACAUCAGAUGGACAGAUGCUGGAGUUUAUAAACUACAGGUCAACAGUAAUGGAAAGAUCUCAUACAAGAUAUUCAAGGUUUACUUCAAGGACAAUGCUGAUGAAAAUGACCCGCACAAACAGAAAUCAGUGGCUAAUACAGUUUGGAAAUAUGAGAAUGAUUCUGUCACUCUGAACAAUGAUGUUACUGAACUACAGUCAGAUGAUGUGAUCCAGUGGAGGUUUGGAGAAACUCUAAUAGCUCAGAUCAACAGAACGAACAACAAGUUCACUACAGAUGAUGAGAUAUUCAGAGACAGACUGAAGCUGAAUGAUAAGACUGGAGAUCUCACCAUCAGAGAUCUCAACACUGAACACACUGGACACUAUAAACUGAAGAUCAUCAACAGUAGAGGAACAUCAUACUCUCAGAUUAAAGUUUAUGUCAGGGAUGAGCAGAUUCUCAGAUCAGUAGAGUUUGGACAUUCUGUCAUUCUAUACACUGAUGUUACUGGAAUAGAGAGAGAUGAUGUGAUUCAGUGGAGAUUUGAAGAUGAUAAAACUCCCAUAGCUGAAAUCACUGGACUGAAUAAACUCUCAUAUGAUGAGAGAUUCAAAGAGAGACUGGAGCUGAACCAAAAGACUGGACAUCUCACCAUCUCAAACAUCACAUCUGAACUCUCUGGAGUUUAUAGAGCAAAGAUCAGCAGCAGCAGAGGAACAACAUACAGAACAUACAGGGUUGUCGUCUCUGCGUUCGCUUAUGAGGGAGAAUCUCUCACUAUACACACUGACCGUAAAAUACAGAGAGGCAGUGAGAUUAAGUGGAUCUCUGAAGAUAACAUCAUUCUGGUCACUGGAAAGAAUGGAGACGACAGAGAAACCAAAUAUACAGAUGAUGAGAGAUUCAAAGACAGACUGAAGAUGAAUCAUGAGACUGGAGAUCUCACCAUCACAAAGAUCAGAAAGACAGAUGAUGGAGUUUAUAAACUACAGAUCAGGAGUGAUGGAAAGAUCUCAUACAAGAUGAUCAAUGUUUUUGUCAACGACGGCCCUUCUCCAGAUCAGAAGCAGAACUCAGUGUGUAAAUAUGAGAAUGAUUCUGUGACUCUGAACACUGAUGUUACUGAACUACAGUCAGAUGAUGUGAUCCAGUGGAGGUUUGGAGAAACUCUCAUAGCUGAAAUCAAUAGAAAGAACAACAAGUUCACUACAGAUGAUGAGAUAUUCAGAGACAGACUGAAUCUGAAUGAUAAGACUGGAGAUCUCACCAUCAGAGAUCUCAACACUGAACACACUGGACACUAUAAACUGAAGAUCAUCAACAGUAGAGGAACAUCAUACUCUCAGUUUAAAGUUUAUGUCAGGGAUGAGCAGAUUCUCAGAUCAGUAGAGUUUGGACAUUCUGUCAUUCUAUACACUGAUGUUACUGGAAUAGAGAGAGAUGAUGUGAUUCAGUGGAGAUUUGAAGAUGAUAAAACUCCCAUAGCUGAAAUCACUGGACUGAAUAAACUCUCAUAUGAUGAGAGAUUCAAAGAGAGACUGGAGCUGAACCAAAAGACUGGACAUCUCACCAUCUCAAACAUCACAUCUGAACUCUCUGGAGUUUAUAGAGCAAAGAUCAUCAGCAGCAGAGGAACAACAUACAGAACAUACAGGGUUGUCGUCUCUGCGUUCGCUUAUGAGGGAGAAUCUCUCACUAUACACACUGACCGUAAAAUACAGAGAGGCAGUGAGAUCAAGUGGAUCUCUGAAGAUAACAUCAUUCUGGUCACUGGAAAGAAUGGAGAAGACAGAGAAACCAAAUACACAGAUGAUGAGAGAUUCAAAGACAGACUGAAGAUGGAUCAUAAGACUGGAGAUCUCACCAUCACAAAGAUCAGAAAGACAGAUGAUGGAGUUUAUAAACUACAGGUCAACAGUGAUGAUAAGAUCUCAUACAAGAUGAUCAAUGUUUUUGUCAACGACGGCCCUUCUCCAGAUCAGAAGCAAAACUCAGAUGAACAGAUAUACAGAUCAGUAGAGUUUGGACAUCAUGUCAUUCUAUACACUGAUGUUACUGGAAUACAGACUGAUGAUGUGAUUCAGUGGAUGUUUGGAGAUGACAAAACUCCCAUAGCUGAAAUGACUGGAGGGACUAAACCCUCAUAUGAUGAGAGAUUCAAAGAGAGACUGAAGCUGAACCCUCUGACUGGAGAUCUCACCAUCACAAGCAUCACAUCUGAACUCUCUGGAGUUUAUAGAGCAAAGAUCAUAAGCAGCAGUAGAGGAACAGAAUACAGAACAUACAGAGUUGUCGUCUCUGUGAUCGCUUAUGAGGGAGAAUCUCUCACCAUACCGACUAACAGUAAAAUACUGAGCGGCAGUGAGAUCAAGUGGAUCUCUGAAGGUAACAUCAGUCUGGUCACUGGAAAGAUGGGAUAUUUUUAUGUCACAGAAACCAAAUGUACAGAUAAUGAGAGAUUCAAAGGCAGACUGAAGAUGAAUUCCUAUGGCGAUCUCACCAUCACAAAGAUCAGAAAGACGGAUGAUGGAGUUUAUGAACUACAAAUCAGCAGUGAUGGAAAGAUCUCAUACAAGAUGAUCAAUGUUUUUGUCAUCAACAAGGCUGUUGGAAAAGUAAAGGACAAACAGAUAUCAGACAAGGCUGUUGGAAAAGUAAAGGACAAACAGAUAUCAGACAAGGCUGUUGGAAAAGUAAAGGACAAACAGAUAUCAGACAAGGCUGUUGGAAAAGUAAAGGACAAACAGAUAUCAGACAAGGCUGUUGGAAAAGUAAAGGACAAACAGAAAGCAGUUUCAGGCUAUACUAAAACAAGAAGUUCAAAUUGAAUGAAUGAUCAACAGUUGUGAUGCCUUUACUGAAUGAAGCAGAAGAUGAAGUUUGAACAGCUGAAUGCUCAUCAUCACAUCUGUAACAUCAUUAACAUCUAGAGUUUUACUAUUUCAUGAUCCGUCCUCUUUAAAAAAAAAUCAUCUUCAUGGGUACUGUUGAGCUCGACUGAUAAAAGCUUUUAAAACUAAAGUCACAGGUUUGUUGAUAAACAUUUAAACAAACUUUCAUUUAAACUGCCAUUGACACUGAUCAAUAUUCAGAAUCUGUUUAUAUUUUAUAUUUCAUAUGUUACUCACUGCAUAGCAUAUGAUCAGUUUGACUCUCAUGUGUUUGAUAUUGUGUGAUUUUAGACAGUAUUGAUUUAAUAUCUGAUGAUGAUGAAAUAUUAUAUAUACAUGUAGAACAUCUUCAGUCUUUCUCUAACCCGUGUCUAAUCUGCUUUUAAACACAUUUAUUAAUGCAAUAUCGCUCGAGUAGGAGUUUAUGUAGUGCUCUUAUAUCGUCAUGGUGGUGAUUAGGGAGAGCGAGAUUGCAUUUAUAUAUCAGUUUGAUGUCACAAGUGUGUAGAUAAAUCAGAAACAUCAUCGGAGUUUAGUUAAAACCGGUUUUUAAAGAAAUGAACUACUUUCUUCCGCCACAAAUCCAAGCCCAGCAUAACAGUGAAACUUUUCCUAAUUUGUGCUGCUUCAGAGACUGUAAUACGAUUCUGAGUAAGGAAGGAAGGAGGCGGGAACUGUCGACCACUAAAUCGACUUUUAAUAAACAACAAAACGAAAGGACCUCACGGACUAGUAAACACUACACAGCCAACACAAACCCAGUUAAAUACACCAUAAUGUCAAGGCCUGGUCCUCUCUUGUCAUAGACUCCUCUUGCUCGUCUCUUUUUGCCUCCCGAACUUCUCUGUGGGAGAUGCGAGCCGGUGUGCACACAGCUGACACUACUAAUCACUCGCGCCACCGGCCUCGCACCUUUCCCAUACGGCUCUAGUCCCGCCCCGCUUGUCAAAGAAGAUCAGUGAGAAUGUGUUAAUCCCAUUACUCUGCGGCACUUUACAUUGACCUACGAGACGUUGCCAUUUGCAUGCGUUUACCUUACUAUUCCUCUCACACUGCCACCUCUGACCAACAGUUCAACGGUUCAACCGUCAGUACUGAAUACAUUUUUAAGAGAUAAUUCACUGAGGAAUACUAGAGUUAAAAAAAAAACAUACUGUAAACUUUAGGUGAAAGUGUUAAUAAAAGUAAAUUUUCCAUCUCAACCUUAUACAUUUAAGAUCCAUUUUACAAUUGAAGCCCCCGCCCCAACGUUCUCAUCCUAAUGAUAUGAUGUCUUUUCUUCAUCCCCACACUAUUGGAAUUACGAUCUCAUAAUCAGAACUUUAUUUAGAUUUUAGUUAGAUUUUCAUUUAGAAGAAUCUAAAUACAUUCAGUAUAUAUAAUUCAAAUACAAGAGGUUAAAACAUUUAAAUAUGUAGAAUCUGAAAUAAAGAUGAAGUUAUGUGUUUGUAUUAAUCUUUACUGAUUUUAUAUAUUACAUUUUUUUACUCUAGAACUAACCCUAAACAUUGGUCUACAAGUUGUUUUAAUAUAAUCAUUCAAAUUUUUUUUUUUGAGUAUUGUUAAGGACUGAGUAUUGUAUACUAAAAUCUAUCGUUUACAGUGAUAAUUACACAUUAUGAAUUUUUAUGGUUGUGACCACUUUAAUGUUCUUAAUGUCAUAAUUACAUUAGUGUGUAACAUAUUUUGUACGCCCCUGUCUGUUUCAUGAUUAAAUUAGUAGA